CCGGUGUGUCCUGCUCCAUCUCCCCAUCUGUGCAACAAGAAGCUCAAGAUGCAGACUGCGUGGGCGAUGCUGAUCUGCCUGGCUGGAGGGCAGCUUGCAACUGCCACACUCUGCAAGACCUAUGGCACCAUCCCAGGUAUCCCAGGGGCACCAGGACAGCCUGGCAGCAACGGCAGAGAUGGGGAGAAUGGCCUAAAGGGCGAGCGAGGUCCCCCUGGCCAGGUGGAGGACGAAGAAGACAUGGGGGAGAAGGGAGACCCAGGACUGCCGGGGCACCCUGGGAAGAUUGGCCCCAGGGGCCCCCCAGGUCCAAGGGGAAUACCAGGUGCCAUGGGAAUCCCUGGCCCUCAGGGGGACUCUGGUGACUACAAGGCCACUCUCAAGUCUGCCUUCUCUGCUGCCAGGACCAUCAGCUCCUACCCACGCCGGGAUCAGCCCAUCCGCUUCGACCGCAUCAUCACCAAUGAGAAGGGCCACUACGAGAACCGGUACGGCCGCUUCAACUGUGAGAUCCCGGGCAUCUACUACUUCACCUACCACGUCACUUCCAGGGCCAACCUGUGCCUCAGCCUGAAAAAGGGCCGGGGUGGCAGCAGGGGUGAGAAAGUGGUGACUUUCUGUGACUAUGUGCAGAGCAGCUACCAGGUCACCACGGGUGGCGUGGUCCUCAAGAUGGCAGCAAGCGAGUCUGUCUGGCUGGAGCCAACAGAGAAGAACUCCCUGGUGGGGAUCGAAGGAUCUGACAGCAUCUUCUCUGGCUUCCUCAUCUUCCCCGAGGCUUAG